CGCACGAGGCUAAAUUGUUGGAUGGUUACGUCCGCUGGCUCUAGGGACUGUCUCUGAAGAGUCUGCCUUGAAGGGAAACGGAGGCCGGAGGGAGGAUUGGGGGAAGGGAUCUGGGCCUAGAACAACUGCUGACUAAUCGGCGGGCCGCGGGGGAGGGGGUGGCGCGCCGGCUGGUCCGCCGGGGUCACGCGCCCGACCGCGAGCAGAAUGGGUUUGGGGCGCUCGGGCCUUGGGGGGAAGGUUGAGUACCGACUCCCAGCCUGGGAUCGUGCCCGGCCUUCCGCGGGCCGGGGCGCGCUCAGCAAAGGGGAAACUGAGGUCCAAGGAAUUUGGGUACUUUUCCUAAAGUCACAAAGCUGAGUCCGACCCGCACCCUGGGACCCCCACUCUCUCCAUCACCCGGAAGAAUCUUCCCCGUCCUUGCCUUCCCAUUCUGUCCGCCGGUUUCCCAGUAAGGGGUGCGAAAAGAGUUUGCCUGUUGAAGAGAUGGAGGAAAGGACAUUGCAGACAGAGGAGCUUUCUACAUUUUUCCUGCAGGAAACUGGCAGCACGCAGCCUCAGGACCACCCUUGACCACCUUCAGCCAAGCUAUGCGUGGCAGAGGCCCCCCUGCCCUCCUCUCCCCGGCGCUGCCUCUUGCUUCCUCAGUCCUGAUGCUGCUCAUGAGCAGCCUGUGGCUGGUGGGGGCCGGCCCCAGCCUCACCCUGGCCCCGGAGCUGCUGCUGGAUCCCUGGCAGGCACACCGGCUGCUGACCCAUGCUCUAGGCCACACGGCCCUACCCAGCCUGCUCCUGAGUCUGCUGCUCCUGCCUGCACUGGGCUGGCAGCAAGAGUGCCACCUGGGCACCCUGCAGUUCCUGCAUGCCUCCAUGCUGCUCGCCCUGGCCGCCGGGCUAAUGGCUGUGCUACUGGCAGGCCUCGGGGUGUCCGGUGCAGCUGGUGGCUGCGGAUAUAUGCCUGUCCACCUGGCCAUGCUGGCAGGGCAGGGUUACCGCCCACAACGGCCCCAUGGGGCACUGCCACCAUGGCUGUUGCCAUGGCUGCUGCUCGCCCUGACACCCCUGCUCAGCUCUGAGCCACCCUUCCUGCAACUCUUUUGUGGCCUCCUUGCUGGCCUGGCCUACGCAGCCGGGGCCUUCCGGUGGCUGGAGAUCUCUGAGCGGCGGCUGCAGGCACUGCAGGAGGGCAUCUUGUGCAGGUCGUUGGCGGGGUGCUGGCCACUCAGACUCCUUCCCACCCCGGGCAGCAUGGCUGACCUGCCUGUCACUCAUCCUGGAGUGAGGUCUUCUACCCCUGGACCUCCUUACAUGGCCCCCCCUAGUCUCUGGUCCCACAGUGAAGACUCUGCCCUGUUCCCGCCAGGCCUGGGGCCUGUGCAGCCAACCUGGAAGGGCUCCUCAGAGGUGGGCCUGGCAUGGACCAAGCCCAGCUUCCCCCCAGGGACCCCACGAUGGGCAUCCCUGGAUGAACAAAUGCUACAGGAGGGGAUCCAGGCCUCGCUCCUGGAGGGGCCAGCCCAGGGUCCCGAGAGCCCACUAUGGCUGCCUAAGUCCUCUGUCUCCUCUCUGCGGUUGCAGCAGCUGGAGCGCAUGGGCUUCCCCACGGAGCAGGCGGUGGUGGCACUGGCAGCCACAGGCCAUGUUGAGGGCGCCGUGUCCCUGUUGGUCCGUGGGGAGGUGGGCACUGAGGCCCUGGUGACUCAGGGGAGAGGUGGGCCCGCACAUCCUGAGGGUCCUGGGCCCCCCUAGCACAGGCAGGCCCUCAGGUGACAAAAGGCCUGGCCUAUGGGUGGUUAGUCUGAGUCCCAGCCGCGUGCUGAGUCUCCUGUGUGGCCGGAGAGGACCUUCCAGAAUCCUGCCCCGGUACUGUUUAGAAUAAAAACCAGUCUACUUUUCAACUGGAUUCCU